UAUCCCAAAAGCUAAAUCAAUAAGACGCUGAAAUAUAAUCAUGUCACGCCCUACAGCUUUCACUCCUUUAUUUUUUAGCCUAAUAGUGAUUACUUUAAGUGCAACAAUAGCUAUUGUUUCAUCCUUAGAUUAUUCAAAACCAUAUAUUGUUCUCACUGAAAAGCCUGAUGAAAAUCCUCAAACUCACUAUAUUAAAAUCUUGACCUCUCUUUUUGGCAGGUACUAUACUUCUAUUUUGGAAAAUCUCCCUUUUGUUAAUUCGAGUUAUAUCAUGUUUCACUUGGCUAAUUACACAUGUGUAUGGUGGAUGGUGUUUCAAGUGAGGUUGAAGCAAAGAAGGCGUUACUUUAUGUCUAUCAAUAUGCUACUCAAGGAUUUGUAGCUAUACUCACUCCUGAAGAGGCAUCUCGUCUAUCUAAAUAUCCUGGUGUGCUAUCAGUAGUCGAAGACCAACUUGUGGCAUACAGCCCAUACAAUGAUGACACAUCAUCCCAGAUUCGGAACUAGAAAGAUAUCAAGGGAGAAAUAUAAUGAAUUAUGCGCUCAUUUACACGCCCGUUUUUUUCAUCUUUACUUAGACAAUUAUGUUUCGUUUUUUGCUAAGAAAACUGUGUGAUUCUGAAAAGAAUUAUUUUGUGUGGCAUAGAUAAUUCACUUUCUGAUGGUAACCGACCAUUUUUCUUACAAAAAUGAAAAAAUAUUUGUCAUCAAUGUGUAUCUAUUAUAGAAUGUUUCGAAUAACUUUUGUAUGAGCAUCAUCAUUGUUGAAAAAGAAAAUCUAAA